GAUCAGAUAUGAUUAUUUGUUAGCUUAUCAUAAAAUAUUUAUAUGCAAUAAAACUAAUUAAGUACCCAAUAAUUAAAUUUAUUGAUAUAAAUAUUACAAUCAAAAUAAAUAAGAUGAGGAGCAGGAGUAAUUCCGGGGUCAGACUUGACUAUUAUCAAAGAGUUGUUCAUAGAUUGAUAAUGCUACACCAAGACCCCGUAACCGGUCUUUUUCCUGCUAGUACAACAAACCAUCAUGCGUGGAUAAGAGAUAAUGUAUAUUGCAUAUUAGCUGUAUGGGGUCUUUCAAUGUCUUAUAAAAAAAUAGCAGAUCAAGAUGAAGAACGUGCUAAAACUUAUGAAUUAGAACAAAGUUGUGUGAAACUAAUGCGAGGGUUGCUGAUGGCAAUGUUGCAGCAGCGACAGAAAGUAGAAAAAUUUAAAACCACACAGAAUCCUUUAGAUUCUUUACAUGCGAAAUAUAAUUCAAAAAAUGGCCAAACUGUUGUUAGUGAUGAUGAAUGGGGUCAUCUUCAAGUAGAUGCUAUAUCAUUGUACCUACUGAUACUAGCUCAAAUGACUGCAUCGGGUUUACAAAUUAUUUUUUCUCUAGAUGAAGUAGCAUUUAUUCAAAACCUUGUAUUUUAUAUUGAGUCUGCCUAUUGUACACCCGAUUAUGGGAUUUGGGAACGUGGGGACAAAACAAAUCAUGGUCUUCCAGAACUCAAUGCUAGUUCUAUAGGAAUGGCUAAGGCAGCAUUGGAUGCUAUGAAUGAAUUAGAUUUAUUCGGGGCUAGAGGUGGCCCGUUUAGUGUUAUUCAUGUCUUAGCUGAUGAAGCGCAUAAAUGCCAGGCUGUGUUACAAUCAAUGCUUCCAAGAGAAUCAAACUCUAAAGAACUUGAUUCUGGCCUGCUUUCAGUUAUUAGUUUUCCAGCUUUUGCACUGGACGAUCCUGAAUUGAUUGAAAUUACUAGACAAGCUAUAGUAUCAAAACUUCAGGGAAAAUAUGGAUGUAAAAGAUUUCUUCGUGAUGGACAUAAAACUCCAAAAGAAGACCCAAAUAGACUCUAUUAUGAACCUUGGGAAUUACGCAUGUUUGAAAACAUUGAAUGUGAAUGGCCUUUGUUUUUUUGUUAUUUGAUAUUACACUAUGCUUUUCAAGGAAAUAAGCAAUUAGUUUCUACAUACACUUCCUAUUUAGAGGAUGUAAUGAUUCAUACCGAUGAUGGUAUGCACUUGGUCCCAGAACUCUAUACUGUACCACCGGAUAACGUUUUAGCAGAAUAUCAGCAACCAGGAUCUCAAACAAGAGUUCCUGUUGGAAGAUGUCCAUUUUUAUGGGCCCAAUCUUUAUACAUACUAGGAAAGCUUUUACAAGAAGGUUUUUUAGCUGUUGGUGAAUUAGAUCCACUGAACAGGCGGUUAGGAUCACAAAAAAAGCCUGAUGUGGUUGUUCAAGUAGUAAUAUUAGCUGAAGAUGUUACUAUCAGAGAUAAGCUUAUACAAUAUGACUUGCUUGUACAGACAAUCCAAGAAGUAAAUCCAAUAGAAGUUCAACCGGCUAGGGUUUUGAGUCAUUUAUAUACUUAUCUUGGACGUAAUGAAAAAUUGGGAUUAUCUGGAAGGAAAUCACGGGAUGUAGGAAUUCUAAGCACUAGUAAACUUUAUUCAUUAAACGGGCGAAUUUUUGCCUUUACACCUCAAUAUACGGACUUGACGCGAUUUUACGUAGCGUCGGACUACGAAUUGAUGAUAGAUCUUCUUAAAGCUGAAAUAUUCUUCUUGAAGAGUGCCUGGGGUCAUCUUUUGGGUAGACCUCUUGUUGUACUUCCUCUGCGUAAUGUACAUUUAGACAAUGGUAGAAUACCGCAAGCUAUGAUCACUACGAUGAAGAAGUUGAAAAAUGGUUAUAUAAAUGGUACGAGAGUAAUGCUGGGCAAUCUGGGUGACUUUUUAAGCACCAGUGCAAUAACAGAUUUAAGUUUCUUAGGAAGUCAAGAGGAUGGCUUGCCAGAUCGACUCAACCCUCAAGUCGAUUCUUACUUAGAAGAGCAUUUAUUAAAGUCGUUUAGUCAAAAACCAACCAUGACAGUAACCACAGCACUAUCAAAAACGCGAACAAUUGGACGUAAGGUUUCGGUGAAAGGAGCCAUCAAGAAAACUAGAUCUAUCAUUGAUACAGCUUACAUUGAUAAUGCCAGUAAUGUUGAAAUUACAUCAAGCAAUUCAUAUGAUCAAAUUGAUGCCAAUCAAUCCAAUGCUAAUCAAACAUCACCUGUACGAACAGAAGUGAAUACAACUAAAAUAAAUACGCCAAGAAGUAGAGGACAAAACGAUUAUGCUUUUGCAGCAACUGAGGUUGAUGAGUUAAUCGGGAUGCUAAGAGAAUCUGUAAGUCUAGAGGAACAAGGAGACAUCCUACAAUAUUUAGUGGAUACAAAGGGUCUAGAAUACAAUACAGGUAUAAAACAAGAAGGACGAAUAGUAACAGUUCGAAUGCUUUUAAAAGAAGUAUAUGAAAAAGCAUGUCAACAAAAAUUGUGGGGCCUAGUUCGCCAUACAGCGGGAAUGCUCGGAAAACGUGUUGAAGACCUCGCCAAAGCAGUCACAGAUUUACUAGUUCGACAAAAACAGGUAACUGUUGGUAUGCCACCAGCACAUGAAAAUACAAUUGUAGCACCGUUACCUGAAUGUGAAUUAAGGCAAUUGAUCCAUUCAGCAUAUGGAGACGAUGAAAGUACUGCAAUGUUGACUCAAGAAUUGUUAGUGUAUUUAGCUAUGUUUAUCCGAACAGAACCACAGUUGUUCAACGAAAUGUUGAGACUAAGAGUUGGUUUAAUAAUACAGGUAAUGGCGACUGAAUUGGCUCGUUCUUUAACCUGUGGUGGUCAAGAAGCCUCAGAACAUCUUCUGAAUUUAUCUCCAUUUGAAAUGAAAAACUUACUUCACCAUAUUUUAAGUGGAAAAGAGUUCUCUAUCAACAGUGUAGCCAGAGGAAAUUUUUCAAUUGUUAGUUCAAAAUCCUAUCGUGUAAGUAAAAAGAGCCAAAUUGUAGAUCAAUCAGAAUUGAAGUCUUUAGAAGAAGACGUUGCAGAUGAUCGGCAAGGACAAUGGCUUAGACGUCGCCGAUUAGAUGGAGCACUUAACAGAGUGCCUAGAGAUUUUUAUUCUCGUGUUUGGACUGUAUUGGAAAAAUGUGAUGGUUUGGCUAUAAAUGAACUAGUUUUGCCACAAAAUUUAACUCAGGAGAUGACUUCGGGUGAAUUAAAAUUUGCUCUCGAAGUUGAAACUGUUUUGAACUCAAUACCACAACCGGAAUAUCGACAGCUGAUUGUCGAAGCAUUAAUGGUUUUAACAUUAGUAGCUGAAUAUAAAGUUAGGCCAAGUUUGGGUAGCACUAUAUACGUCCAAGAAUUAGUGCACAGGGCUAACCAAUUGUUUUUAAAAGAUCAAUUAAAGUGCUCUGGUGAUGCUACAUUAUGUUGUGCUAAAAAUGAAAGUGAUAAUCUUGAAACUGCAUCAAACAAUGGAGGUUUAAUUUGUGGAGGUGCUGCAUAUAUUUGUCAACAUUUUUAUGACUCUGCACCUAGUGGUUCAUACGGCACCAUGACAUAUUUAAUGAGAGCUGUUGCCAGUGGAUUGGAAUGCUUUUCUGAUCAGAGCGACAUUGACUGCAAUGUUAGCUGAAGUUAUACUAAA